AUGAACAUCCAAACUAAAAACAUCGAGCACCAUCAAGUAGUAGUGGUAAUUGUACAAUUACCAGCUCAAGGUCAUUUAAACCAACUCCUUCACCUUUCUAACUUUAUCACCUCCUAUGGAAUCCCAGUCCAUUAUGCUGGUUCCACCUUCCAUAACCGACAAGCAAAGAUCCGAUUCCAUGGGUGGAACUCAAAAAUCUUAACAAAAAUUCAUUUCGACGAUUUCGAACUUCCUCCUUUUGACUCACCUCCUCCUAAAAUCGACGACCUAUUCCUACAUCACGUGCAACCCCUUUUGGAGGCUAUGAUGCAUCUUCGACAACCCGUGUUUCAUCUCAUGAAACAACUCUCGAAGAUCUAUAAAAGAGUUGUAAUCAUCUAUGAUAAUAGUAUGAGUUAUAUUUUCCAAGAUGUUAAGCUCAUUCCAAAUGGUGAAGCGUAUGCCUUCCUUCCCAUUUGUGCUUUUACCUAUUUUGCUAUGGAAUGGGAAAGCAUGCCCGAGGAAGCUAAACCCUUUCGGGUAGAUGCAAUUUAUGUUCCGAAUUGUAUGCCUUCUCAAGAGGGAUGCAUUACUAAAGAGAUGUUAGAAUUUCUUGAGAAUUUUAAUAAGUCAUCAGGGUUUGAAUCAGGGUGGCUCUACAACACCUCAAGAGUAAUUGACAGAAAAUAUGUUGAAUUUCUGGGGAAGAUGAUAUCUUUAAAAAAGGGAGAUGAUGUACAAAAUUUUGAAUUAGGGCCAUUAAAUCCGGUUCAUAUCCAAAGCACUAGCAAAAACAGACAUCAUUCCCUUGAAUGGCUAGAUGCUCAAGAGAAGGAUUUAAUUUUAUACGUGUCUUUUUGGACGAGGAUAUUGCUGAAGGAUGAUCAAAUUGAAGAGUUAGCAAAGGGGUUGGAAAUAUGCGGUAAGAAAUUCAUUUGGGUUCUUCAACAGACAGAUCCAAAUGAUAUUUUUGUUGAAGCAGAUAAAGUGAAAAAGCCUCAACUUCCAGCAAGUUUUGAGGAAAGAGAACUCCGCGAUGAGAUUGUAAAGUCAAAUAUAAUUGAGCAUGCAGUGAAGACAUUAAUGGCAUCACAAGAAGGAAAGGAGAUAAAGAAGAGGGCUAAAGAAUUAGGUGAAGCUGUGAGAGGAUCAGUUGCAAAAUGUGGUGUUUCAGAUUUAGAAAGGGAUGCUUUCAUUGCUCAUAUCUCUAGAUAA